UCCGCACCCCGCCUCGACCCCUGCCCACCUCCCCUCGAAAGAGAUGGGACAACCGGAGUCCCGGAGCGGAUGCUGGGAGACCCUGGCCAGUCCCGGGCGCCCCGCGGCCGAGAGCAGGAACCGGACCCCGGUCCCGGGGUGACGACGAGGGGAGCUGUCCAGCCCCGCAGGGUGCGCUGGAAGGAAGGGUGGGCCGUCGCCGGCGGGGCGGGGGGAGCGGCAGGCGCCAGGGCCGGGGGAGGCAGCGACUCCCCCUCCAGCCCGCCGGCCCUGGCGUCGCCCCCGCCCCCCACGUGGCCGCCGCUGUCCCUGCCCCUGCGAGGAAGCGGCGCGGCUUCCUGCGACUGGGGCCGGGGAUAUAGGCGCCCCCGCCCGGGCCCGGCGCAGCGCCGCCGCCCCUCCCCGCCUGCUCGCCGCGCGAUGGCCUCGCUCCGGGCAGGGAGUGCCGCCGGCGGCCCGCGGACCCCGGCGACCCGCGCGGGGCGACCCGCAGCCUUCAGCCUCCUCCUCCUGCUGGGGGCCACCCUGAAGCCCCAGGAGUCGGCGGCUCAGCUUCUCACCACCGCAGGCAGCUUGGAGGCAGUGCCCACAGAGAGAAUGGUGAUGUACUACGAUGAGAGCAUUUUAUUUUGCUGGGAAGACUAUCGGCUUAUUAUGGACCAUAUCAAAGAAGACUGGUGCGACUGGGCCAUCAUUAGCAGGCCUUAUAGCGACCUGCAGGAGUGCUUGGAAAGGGAAGCAGAACACUUUGACCUGGGCUUCCCCAACCCCUGGGCGGAACAGAUCAUCUUUAAGACGCACCAGACCCACUUUGCCAACUGCACCCUUCAGACCGCCUUCUCAGACCCCCCAGAGGAUGUGCUCCUGGCCAUGAUCAUAGCCCCCAUCUGCCUCAUCCCGUUCCUGGUCACCCUGGUGGUGUGGAAGAGUAAAGACAGCGAAGCCCGGUCCUAAGGUGGCAGGAGUUUCUCAGCAGCCACCCCUCCCUUCCCUGCCACCGCCAGGUCUCCCUCCCUGUCUCCCUGCCCCCUCCCCUCACUGCACACGGAGCCCGAGAUGGGUGGAACGGAGCUGGGUGGGGUCAUGGCACAAGUUCUGUAAUUUUCAAAAUAAAAGGAUUCUUUUGUACACCGUC